AUGGCAGCUGAGCAAUCAAGCCCGUUCCUUUCAUUCAAGGAGGUGAAGAGCAAUGGGGAGGCCGCAUAUGUCACCGACACGGCCCACCGCCUCUACUGGCCUCUCGCAGGCGACUUUCCUGCCACCAUAUCCGUCAUGAAGUCCCGCCGAGGCGGCUUGGACGAGCGGGAACCCUUCUGCCAGCCAGAUGGUACCUGGCAUGACAUCGCAUCGCUACCUUUGACUGAGCCCAAAGUCUCGUCUAUCGAGGCUUCGAUCCGCGACCUGGACCAGUGGGAAUCUGACUGGGUAGCGUGGCACGAGAAUCAUGAGACGGCCGAGUUUGUUACGUACGGAGACCUUGAUGAUGAAGACCGACCAUACGCAUCUGAGCAAAACGAGGAUGGUAGCUGGGAGGAUGACUCGGAUACCGAGUUUCUCAUCCGAUGCUGCGGUCAAGAUAGGCCGUUGAGGACGAGAGGGCAAAAGCUACAGGUUACCCCUUCUGCGGGUAAAGACUUUGUCAGUAUACAUGACUACGUCUGCGCCGUGCAUCCAUGGCUAAUGGGUUUACGCGAGGAUAUUAUCCAAGCAAAAAUCGUCACACGCCCUGGGCCUGUUGUUGUGCCGGCUCUUGCCAGCACCACGGAAUGGAUGGUCAGCGCCAUAGUAGCGCCGGAACACGUCGUCAUGACCAAAGAUGAAUGGCUCGAGUUUCAUCGCCCGCCCCGUCCCAUGAGCGCUGCAACCAGGAACAUGUUGCAAAGAGCAGGGGCAAGAAUUGACCCUCAGUAG